GAACCCGAUGGACAUCCAGACGUCCAGCGCUGUCUUCUGGACGUGUCUGAAGGCCGUCUCUAUCUGGCUGCUGUCCGUCCUGCUGGCUGUUCCUGAGGCCAUUUUCUCACAAGUUGUUACCAUGCAGGGUCACAGGGACCACACUAACGUCACCUUUGUGAACUGCGUGCCCUACCCGCUGUCCAAUCCGAUGCAUCCUAAGAUUCACUCGGUGAUGAUCUUCAUGGUUUACUUCCUGAUCCCUCUGACCAUCAUCUCCGUGUAUUAUUACCACAUCGCCCGCACGCUCAUCAAGAGCGCCCAUGACAUGCCGGGUGAAGUCAGCGAACACACCAAGAGACAGCACGUGGACGUGUGCGCACACUUCACCUGUCGGUUCAUGCCGAAGCAGCAACACCAAGCACUGAUAGUGAUCACAUACACGGCUCUGCUAGUGGCGUCCACCAGGAACCUGCUGCAUGGGACCAGAGCAGUGGUCACACAGGACCCUCCCACACAGGACUCUCCCAAACAGGACCCUCCCCACACAGGACCCUCCCACACAGGACCCUCCCACUCAGGAUCCUCCCCACACAGGACGUACAAGUGGAUUAGCAUUGUUUGA